AUGAGUCCGGCGUAUGUUUACGGCCAUACGCUACGACCUGGUCUCAAGACAGAGAGAGAUGAUUUGGACAAAUUCACAACGCUGUUACCAUCUGCGGUAGUCACGAAACGAAACGAGCCCUCCAUUGUCGAACCUCUGGCACGAUACCGGUCAACAGGCAAGAGCAAGAGGCUCUUAAAACACAUCGACUCCAACUGGAAACUUAACAAUACACUCCUUGACUAUGACUUUGCGAAUAAACCCAGGGAGCAGGGCGGCCAUUACUAUCACAUGAUCGACUUUGAUCCCUUGAAAGUAGUCAAGUCGUUUGGUAUCAAUGAACCAUGCAAGAGGCCCGACGUUAGCUGCACUGAGAAGCUUGGAGGCGUUUUCCGCGCCUGCAGCGUCUCUACGUUAACACUCAGCGAUCAGAAACAACUAGUCGUCGAACUUAUCGUAGGAGAGAUGGCCGACAUCAUGGAGCGCAUACAUUACAAUCUACUAGACCACCGGCUGGCGAGCCCUAAUGAUAGAGAGGCACUCGAUCCGACUACGUUUCCUCAGACCUUCGACCAUAUACAUAUGAGCAAUGUUCCAGACUACAUUGGCGGUCAUCUAACAACCUUCCUAGCUUGCCGACCGCUCCUCAAGGAAGACAGGGCGUCUGAUCUGCGGUUUACCAAUCUCCUUAACCCGCCAGAGUUUGAGGAUCACCAGACUUUCCAGUCCGAAUAUCUCCUUAUGUACGACAUGGAGCGCAUCCGCCAGCACUUCCUAGUCACAAGACGCCCAGGCGAGAUUACGCAGGCGGACGUGCCCCUGAUGCUCGCGGCCCUAAGAAAGCCAUUCGCUUUCGAGAACUAUAUUAAAUGGGACAAAGUGCCGAGAUCUGCCAUGUCCUUUCAACAACUCCAGACCAAGUCCGAAUUCGAGAAAUGGGUGUAUGGCCAUUUGUUGAAGAUUUGCCUCCCGUAUCCGCGCCCAACUUUAAAUGGACAGCUUGUGUACGCACCGCUCAAUCUCUCCAUGUUCAUCCGUCUCAUAGUCGGCAUGUUUGAGGUUCGAUAUCCAGCCCAUUGGCUUCUCAGAAUUUUGUCUUGUAUUUGCACUGGGGUCAUUACCACCGGUGCCCGACCUCCAACGAGCCGUGUCAGCACACCGGCCGACGUUGAUACAACAAAUCCGGCCAAGGAAAUAUCUAUACGGCCCUGGGUUGCAGAGUUCACCACGUUGCUUAGCAUAUGGCGUCGCCUACUCCCCUUCGGAGUUGACUCACUCAACGGAGCCCUGGUCCCGCUGGGUAAUGUCUUCCAGUAUAGCAUUACUUUCCCGCCGUUUCUUCCCAGACAUGAGCUCAUUCCACACUUUAUUAUUGUGUUCUGGAAUACCGAGGUGGGAUAUACUAUGAACCCCCCGAGUUCCAUUUACAGCCUCUUGUGUGGAGGCAAAGGGGACAAUCAUGUAUCGGCCAUAGAUAUUCGAGAGGAAGGACUCGUCUGCGUGACUGCGUUUCAGUACACCACCGCUUCUAGGACGGCUAUAUUUUGGAUGAGGGCUGAUGUAAUGGAGAAAAUAAUGGCCGGCAAAUGGAGAGCAUUUAUCUGGCGGACAGAUGCAUGGGUGGCUACAACAGGCGGCGUAGAUGUUUCGAGUGGUGUGUCAAAGGGCAAGAAAUGGACAAGCCUCACUUAG